AUGAAUUCCACGCACUCUGAGGCUCAGGUUACGCAAUUUGGGCAGGCAAUUCGAAUCAACAACAGCACGGCCACAACACUUUCGACGCUGUUCUCGUCAAGCAUGGGGCCAUUUGGGAGCUACAAGGCGCUGAUAUCCCCUGGGCAAACGCUUCGGAUAGCAAAGGACGGCAACACUCUGUGCAAGGAGAUUCAGUUCACACACCCUACAUCUAUCAUCAUCACAAGGGCAGCAACGUCAAUGUAUACCACGUUUGGAGAUGGGGCAUGCAGCCUGAUUGUCCUGUGCUGCGAGAUCUUUGGCGACGCUUUCCGGCAUUUUAACAACGGGGUGCCAAUUCCCCGGAUAUGCUCCUCUCUCCAGUCAUGCCUCAACGACCUUAUGAGCUAUCUCAAGGCGCUGGAAAGGCCGUUUGAAGAGGACACACUCUGUAGAAUGGGGUAUAGUAUCAUCAGGACCAAGGUCGACGAGGAAACGGCCACAAGGCUGUCUCGGAUACUAGUACAGGCCGUUGAGAAUGCCACUCAAUCACAGUUUUUUGACAUGAAUAUGGUAGAGGUUAUUAAGAUGCAGGAAGGGGAUGUGUCUGAAACCAUGUACGUGGACGGGCUUGUGCUUGACCAUGGAGGGCGACACUACGCAAUGCCUACCAGUCUGGAGGAUGUCUGUGUCCUGAUAACCAACAUGUCGCUUGAGUAUGAGAAGCCCGAGAUAAAUGCAGAGUUCUGCUACAGCACUGCAGGGCAAAGGGACGAGCUUGCUGUUCGGGAGAGGGAAUUUAUCCUGCAGAGGUCGAGGGCAAUAGCCGAGUUUGGAAGGAGGAUCAAAGAAAGCCAUGGGAAAAACCUGAUAGUGGUGACGGAGAAGGGGAUUGACCCGUACUCGCUGGAGGUGUUUGCAGAGUCUGGGAUUCUUGCUCUGAGAAGAGCAAAGAGGAGGAAUCUGGAAAGGCUCGUGAAAAUGUGUGGUGGAAGUCUGAUUACACAGGUUGGGCAACUCAGCGAAAAGGCUUUAGGAUACUGCCAGAGAGUGAGUGUCAGGAAGAUUGGCGACGAGAUGUUUACCUUCAUUGAGGGAACGCCAUUCAAGGGCUCUUGCACAAUUCUGAUCAGGGGAAACAGCCAGCACGAGAUGUCUCGAAUGGAGUCUGGGAUCAGAGGAGCCCUGAAGAGCAUGUAUGUGUCUCUGAAGAACAAGACAUACAUUGAAGGUGGUUAUUCCCUUUAUAGGUCUCUAGUCCUCCAUAUUAGAGAGAGGAUGGAUAGUGUUUCCGACAGAGAUGUCAUUGGAUACAAGAUCAUGGAGAAUGCUUUUCUUAGUAUGAUCAAGGCUCUACUGAGGAAUUCCGGGAAAGACAUACAGGAAGAGCUUACAAGGAUACUCAGAGGAGGGGAGUGCGAGCGUGUUGUUGAUAACUCCUCGGUGGUAUCUGCAGUGAUCUCCAACUCUGCUGUUGUUGCCACAAGCCUAUUGCUGGUUGAUGAAAUAAUUAAGGCAGGAAAGCCAAUAAAGGAGAACAAACCUGAAAAUUAA